CUAUUUGGCCAACAUUCCCAGUGUUGUCGGUGUAAACAUUAGCGAUCAUCAGCCUGCGAGUAAGGUCUCAUCGAAAUGAGUCACUUUUCAGUUGCGCAAAAGGAGAAGCGACGCCGAGCAACCAACCCAAAACACAAACAUGGCCAAACAAGUGGUAACAACGAUAUGUUUUGUUCUUUUUCAUUGCAUUAUAAGUUACUGGGCGUUUAUGUCCUCUUGUAGCAUCCAUUCAUCCACAAAAAUCAUCAUACCAACGAUCGCCAGGUAUUUUGGCACCAAAGGUCGCUAUGAAGAGGUCAACACGUACUUAAUGGACGAUAUUUUGGCCACAAACAACUCCCUCGUGACGCUGCCGCCUUCGAAAUGCAGCGAAAUUCAUUUGACAGCUAUAAUCCGGCACGGAACGAGGUACCCGACCAUUAAAAACAUUCAGAAGAUGCGCGAAUUUUAUGAUCUCGUCGUGGGUGAUGCGACCGGUAACUUGAACUGUUUGUCAGAGAUAAAGUCGCAGUGGAAGAUGUGGUACACGGAUGAUAUGGACGGGCGACUGGUGGACAAGGGCCGUAAGGAUCACAGGCACCUGGCGCAGAGACUCAUCAAAUGGUUCCCUUCUUUGCUGACCGAGGAAAACGUGCGUCACGGACGCGUGAAACUGAUCACCAGCUCCAAGCACAGGUGUGUGAACAGCACCAUCGCUUUCAGAGAGGGACUAAUGAAAGCACUCAGCAUAGAAGCUGAGUUGGAACUUGCUGUGAACGACGCUUUGAUGCGUUUCUUUGACCAGUGCGAACGGUUUGUGAAAGAAGUGGAGAACAACAAGAGCGCCUUGGAGGAAGUGAAACACUUCAAUGAAGGCCCUGAGAUGAAAAGAGUAAUGGAGAAAAUGGCUGACAGGCUGCAGGUCCCUUACGCCAGCAUCACUGAUGAUUCAGUGGAAGCAGGUUUCUUCCUGUGUGCAUACGAGUUUGCUAUCCAGGAGCUGAACUCACCCUGGUGCCAGUUGUUUGACGAGGUGGAUGCACAGGUAAUGGAGUAUGCUGGUGACCUGAAGCAGUACUGGAAGCGGAGCCACGGGCAUGAUAUCAACAGCAAGUCAAGCUGCAUUCUCUUCCAUGAUCUUUUCUAUCGUCUUGACCGAGUUGUAUCCCAGAUCAACUCGGAUGGCAUUGUGUCGGAGGCUGUGACAGUGCAGGUCGGCCAUGCUGAGACACUGUUACCCCUCCUCACCCUGCUGGAUCUGUUCAAGGAUGACAUCCCUCUCAGCUCAACUAACUUUGCAACCCAGCACAACAGAAUAUUUCGAAGUGGGAAGAUUGUGCCGUACGCUGCCAACCUGCUGGUAGUGCUGUAUAAAUGCCCGGAGGGGAUUAGAAUGGGUGUGCGACUCAAUGAGAAAUCUUUGACCUUGCCUGGACUCACCGACCCUGUCCCAAUGUAUGAGGAUGUGAAGAAACGCUACCGUGCUCUGCUAGAGGGUUGCGACCAAGAGACUGUGUGUACAAUUAACAAAUCAUGAACAUAAAAGUGCAACACAUCACAAAGGCCAGCAGACUGACAUUUUCAUAGAAGCAACAACCAGCAAAAAGAAAACAAUGGUUUUUUGUUUGUUUUUUUUUAAGUAGGUUAUACAACAUUUCACUGUUGAUAAGACAGUAAAUGAAAGAAAAAGAUUUUAUAUAUUCAUUUUAUGUAAAUGUAUCCAAAUUUAAACCCACAGUAUUACUUGAAUGUUAUGGACCAUUAAGAGCUAAAAUUCCAAAAAUUCCAGCUCUGACCAACCAUCAAAUCAAAUAACCACAUUUGACAUUUCACAUGCAAAAUACUUAGUGUCAUUUAGAAAAGGUCUUUAUUUUAAUUUUAUUUUUUUUAUUAUAAAAAAAAUUGCUGCUGUAUUUUUAAGCAAUGAACCAGCAAUUGUACUUUGUUUACGUGAUUGAAUUGUAUAUUGCUGGUUUUGGUUGAGAGUACUGAGGCCUCUGUUGCUUGCUUAUACAGUAUUUCUGUUAAUGUUUUAGUCACAUGUAUAUCUUCUAUUCAGACCAAAGAUUAUUUUAUAUACCCAAUAUAUAAUAUAAUAUAAUAUCUAAUUUUAUUUUAUUCGAAGACCACACAUUUAUUAUAU